AUGGCUUUAGAUGAAAGAAUUGGUGCUCCAGUGAGGACUAGUGAGAUCACUUCCAUGUGUGAUUGUAUGCAGUAUUGUGGAAUGGAGGAUGUUAAGAGCGUAGGCAAUUUGUACACUUGGAACAACAAGCAACAAGGAAUAGCUAGAGUAUUUUCAAAAAUUGACAGAACCAUGGCUAAUGCUGGUUGGCAGAGUGAGUAUGGGUCUGCAGAAGCUUGUUUCAUGAACGAAAGGUCUUUUGAUCAUUCUCCUGGUCUCCUUACAGUGUAUCCUAGAAAUUCAGGAGGGAAGAAACCCUUCAAAUACUUUACAAUGUGGAGAAAUGCUCCAGAUUUUAAUACUAUUGUGCAAGAACAAUGGAACAUUCAGAUUCAAGGAAGUAAGAUGUUCACUGUAGUUACAAAACUGAAAAAAGUAAAAGCAGCUUUGAAGGAGCUGAAUAGAGCUGGGUUUAGUGAUGUUCAUGCAGCUGAUCUUAAAGCUCACCAUGAAAUGAUUGCAGCUCAAACUGCAAUGCAUUUAAAUCCAGCUGAUCAAGGUUUAGCUGAUGCAGAAUUACAAGCUGUGCAGGAGUACAGAACAAAACACAAAGCUUAUCUGGAAUUUUUGAGGCAGAAAGCAAAAUUGGAGUGGCUCGAAGCAGGUGAUGAAAACACAGCAUUGUUUCAUCAGAGUAUCAGAAGCAGAAACACUCACAACCAGAUUUACAGCAUACAUGACAUGAAUGGGGUUUGGACUGACACUUCAGAUGGUGUUUCUAAAGCUUUUCUGGAUUUUUAUUCUACUUUGUUGGGUAGCACUCACUCUAAUAGAACUGAUGUUCUCAGUCAGAUUGUUCAAGCAGGUCCAAUGGUUACAGAUCAUCACAAACAUAUUUUGAAUGCCCCUUACACUUAUGAUAAAGUUAAGAAAGCUUUGUUCUCAAUUCCUGGUAUUAAGGCUCCAGGACCUGAUGGUUUUGGGACUUUCUUUUAUAGAGACACAUGGAACAUUGUGGGAGAGGAUGUAGUUGCUGCUGUGCUAGAUGUUUUGCAGCAUGGGAAACUGUUAAAAGAAAUCAAUCAUACUGCCAUUACUCUUAUUCCAAAGACCAAGUGUCCUAAGAAUGUGAGUGAAUUUAGGCCAAUUUCUUGUUGUAAUACACUUUACAAGUGUGUAACUAAAGUCUUGUGUGGGAGACUCAGACAAGUCCUUCCAGAUUUGAUUCUAGAGAAUCAAGGGGGAUUUGUACAUGGGAAGUAUAUUGUACACAAUAUCAUGGUGAUUCAGGAUUUGGUGAAACAUUAUGGCAGAAAGGAUGUGAAGGCUAGCUGCUUAAUGAAGAUUGAUCUACAGAAAGCCUAUGAUACAGUGGAUUGGAAUUUUCUGCUUCAAAUGUUGGAGCAGUUAGGUUUCCCAAAGAAGUUUGUGGCUCUAAUUAUGGAAUGUGUGACUACCCCCAUGUUUUCUCUGGUUAUCAAUGGUUCUCUUCAUGGUUUUUUCAAGUCUAAAAGGGGGUUGAGACACGGGGAUCCCAUGUCCCCUAUGCUGUUUGUAAUCUGUAUGGAGUAUCUCUCCAGAAUUUUUCAUAAAAUGAGUGAGCUUCCCAUGUUCCAGUUUCAUCCAAGAUGCAGAGACUUAAAAUUGACUCAUUUGUGUUUUGCUGAUGAUCUUAUUCUGUGCUGCAAAGGUGAGUUUCCUUCAAUAUAUUUGUUUCUUCAAGCUUUCAAGUUGUUCUCUAAUUCAUCUGGUUUAAUGGCAAAUAAGCAAAAAUCAUCUAUUUAUUGUUAUGGCAUGGCUGAAGAUGAUGUGAAGAGAGUGGUGUCAGCUUCUGGUUUUACUAGAAGUACCUUACCUUUCAAGUACUUGGGUGUGCCUAUCUGUGCUAAAAAGAUUACUGCUGCACAAUGUGAAAUGCUAGUGGAUAAGAUGAUCCUAAGAAUCAAAGUUUGGAGUUCCAGAAACCUCUCCUAUACAGCAAGAGUUCUUCUGAUUAAUUCUGUUUUGUUGAGUUUGCAUAGCUAUUGGGCUCAGAUUUAUAUCUUGCCUAAGAGAGUUCUGAAGGAGAUCACCAUGGUGUGUAGGUCAUUUCUGUGGAGCGGGCAAGCUUAUAGUAGCAAGCCAAGUAACAUAUCCUGGAACAGUUCUUGUUGUGAGAAGAAAGAAGGUGGCCUUGGCUUUAGAGACAUUCUGAAAUGGAACACUGCAGCUAUUGGAAAGUAUGUGUGGGCUGUGGCCACAAAGCAAGAUAGUAUAUGGAUCAAAUGGGUGAGCUCUGUAUAUGUCAAGGAUGGGGAAUGGUGGGAGUAUCAGCCUAACACUUCUGCAAGCUGGUACUGGAGAAAGAUUUGUGAAACAAAAGAAGUUCUGAAGCAAUACUAUACUAUUGCUGAAUUUAGCAGCAUUACCUGUUAUUCUGUGAAAGAUGUGUAUAAAAAACUCACAGGUCAAAAACCACUGGUGCACUGGGAUCAUAUGGUUUGGAAUAGAUUGAAUACUCCUAAGCACAAGUUCAUUUGUUGGAUGGCUGUUCAGGAUAGGUUACAAACAACUGCAAGGCUAGCCAGAAUUGGUGUAUGCUCCUCUCCUAACUGUCUGUUGUGUGAUCAGCAGGAGGAGGUUCAUGAUCAUUUGUUUUUUUCAUGCCCUUAUAGCAAGAAGUGUAUUGAGGAGAUCAAGGGUUGGGUUGGUCUCCACACUACUCACUGUGGGCUUCAGAUCCUCAUUAGCAGAAUUGGUAAUAGUCAUCAAACCAAAUUUCGAAGACAAGUUUGGUGUGCUGCAUUGGCAGCAACUGUGUAUUCUGUAUGGAGGAGUAGGAAUGGCAGUUUAUGGGAUAAGUUUAUUCCAACUGUGCAAAACACUGUUAAUAGAAUCAAGCAGAUUGUGAGAGAUAGAAUUAGGACUGUAAUGCCUAGAAAAGUAAGUCGAAAGGAUAGCUUAUGGUUUUUAACUCUUUAA